GCGAAGGGCCGGGCCGGGCCGGUGGGGCCGCGGCGGGGAGCGGGAGGAGGUGCCGAGGAGCCGGGCGAUGGUGGGGAUCCCGGGCGGCUGCCAGUCUUCACUGAGGGUGGAAAAGAGCACACACUUCAGAUAGAGCUUGUGUAGUUGACAAGACUGCCAGUCUGACUGACUUAGAAGCAGGACUGGAGUGGAAUAGUGAGCUGAGUACUAUCUCCAACAGCCUAACCUGCCAAGGCUUCGCAGCUACCUUGAGAUGUUGCCGUAAACUGCUGGAACAGGAAAGGGGAGAAGGACUGCUCAGGUUUCCCAUUUGCUCUUGAGAACCAGAGGUAACCUCUUUGACUUCAGAAGAAGGAGGUGGCUGUAAAACCUACGCAAUUGCUGGUGAGAAGAGGGUGCCAGUGAUGCCCGGAUCGCCCGUGGAAGUGAAGAUACAGUCCAGGUCCUCUCCUUCCAACAUGCCGCCACUGCCCCCCGUGAACCCUGGUGGCCCCCGGCCGGUCUCCUUCACCCCGACUGCACUGCCCAAUGGAAUAAACCAUUCCCCUCCAACGCUGAAUGGGGCACCAUCCCCACCCCAGAGGUUUAGCAACGGUCCUUCCUCCUCCUCCUCCUCCUCACUGACAAACCAGCAGCUCCCGGCCACAUGCGGCGCCCGGCAGCUCAGCAAGCUGAAGCGUUUCCUCACAACCCUGCAGCAGUUCGGCAAUGACAUUUCGCCAGAGAUCGGGGAGAAGGUCCGGACCCUCGUCCUGGCGUUAGUGAACUCAACGGUGACAAUCGAGGAAUUCCACUGCAAGCUGCAAGAGGCGACGAACUUCCCUCUCCGGCCAUUUGUGAUCCCCUUUCUGAAGGCCAACCUCCCGCUGCUGCAGAGAGAGCUGCUGCACUGCGCCCGGGCUGCCAAGCAGACGCCCUCCCAGUACCUGGCGCAGCACGAGCACAUCCUGCUGAACACAAACACCACGUCCCCCGCUGACUCCUCCGAGCUGCUGAUCGAGGUGAACGGGAAUGGGAAGAGGCACAGUCCAGACAGAAGGGAAGACAGCAGCUUUGAGAGAGAGCCACUGCCGACAGAGCCUCCAGCCAAGAGGGUGUGCACCAUCAGCCCCGCGCCCCGGCACAGCCCUGCCCUAACGAUCCCCCUGAUGAACCCCGGGGGGCAGUUCCACCCCACCCCACCGCCCCUCCAGCACUACACCUUGGAAGAUAUCGCGACCUCCCACCUCUACAGGGACCCCAGCAAGAUGUUGGAGCACAGAGAGAUUCGGGACAGGCACAGCGGUCUUGGUUUGAAUGGAGGAUACCAGGACGAGCUGGUGGACCACCGCUUAACGGAGAGAGAGUGGGCUGAUGAGUGGAAGCAUCUCGAUCACGCACUGAACUGCAUCAUGGAGAUGGUGGAGAAAACCCGGCGCUCGAUGGCCGUGCUGCGGCGCUGCCAGGAGGCCGAUCGGGAAGAGCUCAACUACUGGAAGAGGCGGUGCAGUGAGACGGCCGAGCCGCGGAAGGCGGGCAGCGAGCUCAUCUCCAGGCAGCACAGCCCCAGCAGCUCCGACUCCAUCGGCAGCGAUUCGUUGCGGGAGUUCAGCAGCAGGUCGGGAACGGGCUACGUCACUGAAGAGAUAUGGAAAAAAGCUGAAGAAGCCGUGAACGAGGUGAAGCGCCAGGCCAUGUCGGAGGUGCAGAAGGCGGUGGCGGAGGCCGAGCAGAAGGCGUUUGAGAUGAUUGCCUCCGAGAGGGCUCGGAUGGAGCAGACCAUUGCGGACGCCAAGCGCCAGGCCACCGAGGAUGCUUUCUUAGUGAUAAACGAACAGGAGGAAUCUACAGAGAGUUGCUGGAACUGCGGUCGCAAAGCCAGCGAGACGUGCAGCGGCUGCAACAUCGCCCGGUACUGCGGCUCCUUCUGCCAGCACAAGGACUGGGAGAGGCACCACCGAAUCUGUGGCCAAGGCCUGCACGGCCAGAGCAAGCCGCUGGCUCUGCCCACGGGCCGAUCAGCAGCCGCAGCCGCCAAGAACCUCGACGGCGUGCCCAGCCCAGCCCUCGAGAAGACUUCAGCGACCACCUCCCGGUCCUCCACCCCCGCAUCCGUGACAGCAAUAGAUACAAACGGACUCUAAAGGGGAAGUUCUGGUUCGGUCCAUUUGAUUAGUUUCCCUGGGUUUUUUUAAGCCCCAAAAAACCCCACAGCAACUUGUAUCACUUGACACAUUGCGCCGCCUCCUCAGAGUGCCGACACUCGGGCUUUGCCAUCUCAUUCUGCCUUUUUUCUGUUGUGGCUCGUGAAGAACUGGGGCCGGCCUUGCCUGCGGCGCCUCCGUGCCCGUCCCUCUGCAGGGGGGUACCAGAGCGUCGGUCGGGACCCGGAGGAGGCUGGGCGCUCGCGCCAGGGAGCCUGGACUCAGUGGGGAGCGCUGCCGGCGCACGCAGGAGAUGCCGAGGCCCAUCCUCACGGGUCAGAUGUGCUCAAGCUCCUUUCCUGAGGUCUCUGAGCCGCUGCCUCCUUCAGCUACCUUUCUUCCAUAACAGGGCAUCUAAUUUUUUUCCCUUGCUCCCAGUCAGUGGCGUCUCAGAUGGCCGUGCUGGCCGGUCGUUGCUGUGAACAGACCGGAGCCGAUUUCCCGGCAGGAGCGUCUCGUCCUCUAGUGCAAAGGCAAAAGCCAAGCCCUCUUCUCCUCUGCCUGCCUGCAGGUUGGCAGCUGAUGGUUGCAGAGAGGGAGGAAUGGAUUUGUCUGCUCUAAACCAAAUGCUGGUACCAGGGAAGUACAGACGGUUGCUUCUGGGUGGCCUGGUUUUAAUCCUGUUCUGCGAUGGGACGGCCAGUUUCGUGUUACCCUGGCUGGGACCUUUGCCGGGGGAAAGCGCGGAGCAAAUCUGGAUCGGUUGCAGGCGGUUGUUGCCCUUUCCACCUGGGUACCGUUAUUUUGCUAUGCAGAAUGCGUUGGGGGUUUUUUUCACCGCAUGGAAGUUGUUGGUUUGAGAGUUACUGCCGUUGUUUUUAACCACAGAGAUCCUCACGCGAUUGCGAUGGGUUAUUUAUAGUCUCUUCUCUCCACGCCGGUUGGCCAAACUGUUAAAAUGAAUGCGGGACUUGGUGUCCUACAUCAGUUGUUACCCCCCGGCCCCGCGGGGCUCCUGCGGUGCUGCUCUGACGCUGGCUGCGCUCCUCUCCCUAGAGGCGGCCGGGGAUGCGCAGCCACCACCGCCUCGUCCAGCCUUCGGGGACCGUCCCAAACACACGGGCUCGGAGGGCGAGGUCCCAUGGGGGUGCCGUGGUCAGCCUGGGGAGAUCCACCGCUCGGAGCGUCCCCGCUGUGGCGUGGAAGGAGGGAUUCAGGGCAGCACAAACCCUGUGACCGACACGGACCCACAGAAGGGCAGUUUCAGGGCACAGCGGGGCUCAUCUCAGAUGCUUCGUGUAGUCAUCGGAGGCGCGGCCGUGGGAGGAGCGGGCAGGUGUCCUCUGGGGAGCCACACGGAUUUCCCACGCUGUGCACUAACGGGCUCUAGAAAACCAUCUAUUCAGUAAAGCCAUGUUUCUGUGACUGUUUUUGUGCGAUUGCUGGGCUGGAGCCCAAUGAGGCGAGUAAUUCCCAAAUUACUUUUGAUCACUUUUUCAAUUGGAGGCGAAUAAUAGAGAUGUAAUGAAUUGUCAUUGAGUUUGCAGCGGUGUAGCUGGCUGCUGGCUGCCGGGGGAUGGAUGAGCAACCCACUGAACCAGCUUUGUCCCUUGGGGAAGGCUGUUUCGGAAGCUGCUGUCAUGGGAGAGGGCCACAGUGUCACUCGAUGGUCAAGACAGCUCUCGAGAGGCAGCUGGGGUGUCUCCCGUGUCCCCCAGGAGCUGGCGCCGGGGCUCCCAGCCACGGCAGAGCCCUUCGCACGGCCGCAGCUCCUGGGAGCGGAGCACGACGGUGCUGUGCCGCAGCGCUGUCCUGGAUCAGGGUGGCCCUCGAGCCACCCUGAGCCGCAGCGAAGCCACAGCAGCCCCGGGGAAGGUUUUUACCCCCGGAGGGAGAGAGGCAGCACGGUGAGCCCCACACCGCCGCAGCCCCGUGCUGCGCCCGUUCCGAAGGCCCUGGGAAGUGGCUGCGCCCGGGCCUGCAGCAGGGAGGAGGAGGAGGCCGUGUCAGAGAGUGCCUGGGCCGGGGGCUGUCCUUGCACCCCCCACUCCACUCGUGGGUGGCUGAAGGGCUCUCCUGCCACAACAGGACGCGUGCGAAGGCGGAGCUGCCUCGGGUAAAGGAAGCCUGGCCGUGCCAUCCCAACCCCGACCGCGGGCCUGGCCGUACGCGGCGUCAGCGGCGGUGGCCGACUUGCGAGGGCGGAUGCGGAAGGAAGGGCAGGGCUGGAAGAAAUUGCUUGUAAAUAGAUUGUCUUCCAUAAUUCUCAUGCAACUUUGAUGGCUGUGUACUAAAAUUAACUCCAGUGUAAAUGAAUGAAAUACUAACAGUCAUGAUUAGAACGAUUGCUUUUUUUUUUUUUUUAAAACAUGGAAUGAUAAAUGUGAACUUUGGACAUGGGAAGACAUUGGCUUGAGGUUUCUAUUUUUUUUUUUUUUGGCAUUUAAUUCUGUAAUAGAAAUUUGUUACUUCAUUCCUGUGCAUAACUUAUUUAAUGUACUGUAUAAAGGAACCCAAACUGUUACAGAUGUAUUUAGUUUGUUCUACUCAAAAGUAGUCAAUAAAAGACUAUAUUCAUCA